AUGCCAACAGCCCUCAUAACAGGCGCAAACUCCGGCGUCGGCCACGCCCUCGCCAAAAUCCUCAUCAACGAAGGCUACACCGUACUAGCAACAGACCAAACCCUCGGUCCCGCCCUAACCUCGCUUCCCUGCGAAACCCACCAGCUCGACGUUUCCUCGCUUUUGUCAAUCCAGUCUUUUGCCCAGUGCAUCGGCGCAGACACACCGAUUGACCUCCUCCUCCACGUCGCUGGUGUCAUGGAAAGACCUGAGGACGAUGCGCUCCGCACGGUUGAUUUGGAUGGACUGCAGAAGACGUUUGCGGUGAACACUUUCGGCCCGCUGCUCCUGACGCAAGCGCUCUUGCCCAAUAUACUCAAGGCGUCUUCCCCGAAGAUUGCAGUGGUGUCGAGUCGUGUGGGUAGCAUGGCGGAUAACACUACGCGUAUCGCGCGAGUAAAGCGGGGGUGA